UUUAAAUUCAACAACAAAAUGAAGUGUUUAAAUUCCUAUAUUCUUCUUGUGCUGGGGCUUUCAACCUUUUUGAAAAAUAACGUGACUGCUGAGCCUCUGCGAAAUUGUUCACUUAUAAAUUUAGAAAAAUUUAUACUUUACAUUUACGAUUUAAGUUAUGGCUUGAAAAUGGCGGAUUAUCGUAGUGUCGCAGAUUUGGAAACGAAAACUGUUCGUCAAUUUUUGGCCGAUCUUCAAGGAACACAACAAUAUUCGGCAUUUAGCUCGCAAGCCGCUUGGGUGAAAGUAACAAGUCAAAAUGAGGAAGGCGAACCUUUUUCUAAUGUUUCUUUGGACACUCCUUUGUGUGAAGUAAUUGAUGCAUCGAGAAAUGGAAACUCAACUCAAGUUCAAUAUGUUUUAUAUGUAGGCAAAUACUCAAUUUCGCUGCAGAAUCUGACAAAGAGAUUUAUGAAAGGCCUUAUUUACGACAAACAAACCAGCUUCUUUAAGUUGGGUGCCUUAUCGCCCAUUACACUCGACAAAAAUUUUCAACCCAAGCAAUUAUUUCCUGCAAACAUGAUUUACUUGACUCAGCGGAAAAUAGCCAGCACCAAUGCAUCCAAUACAUUUGAGUUUAAAAAUUUCUUAGCUGUAAUUUCUUCAAUUAUCAUACCUAAGCAAAGUGAAAAGUACCUUAAUGAUAUAAUAAUGGGAUACGGUGUUGUGUCGCUUAUGAAUGUAAAAUCAGAAUUGCUUAUCGAUGAAAACCAAAUCGAACUAAAUUCGGACUUCCGCGAUAAACUCUAUGAGGCUGCCAACAAGAAUAAUCUAACCAAUGUGGAGCGUGCAAUGGAAAUAAUCGAAGUAUUAAAUAAUUUUGGUUGGUAUGUCACAAAUCACUUUGUUCUUGGUGGAAGAUUCGAUGUUUCUGUAAAGUUAAUUAAAAAAAGAAAUUCUGCCGUUUCGCAAUAUGAAAUUUUAAAAACUAUUGAAAUGAAAAUUGAUAACCAAUGGCGUGGAAAUAACACACAAUUUACUAAAAAAGAAAAUGUGACUACCACGUUGGAUGGGGCGAAAGAUAUGCAGUCGUACAAAGAUAACCUAGAUGACCAACAAAAAUGGAAAAUAAUUUCUUUGAAAAACACUAUACCCUCUUGUAAGUUUCUUUUCAAGAAUGAUGCCCACUUGAUGGGUGAAAUAAGACGCUUGAUUAUCACCCACGCCCAUUUACCAAAUAUUAAAAAACUGCAACCAAACGUUAAUAUGGUACAGUAUGUCAAUGAUUUGUGGUCAAAAUACAUUAAACCUUUUUAAGUAAGGCAACGAUUAUAAAAAAAAAAAAAAAUUAUAUAUUAAUUA